UGGGAGCUAUAGAGGCCACGCCACGGGAAGAAGCAGAGAGAGAGGCGAGAGAGCGGGCGGUGGGGGGGAGGGUGGCGGAGCUGGCUGGCGGCGACGCGGUGGCGGGCGGCGGGGAAUGGAAGGAGUGGCGGUGCUGAGGCAACUCGUCGGCCAGAUCCAGGAGCUUUGGGAGCUCUACGGCUCGUUCUCUCUCGAUCAUCCCCACCUCAAUCCCAGAUGGUAUAUACUUGAUCUUGAUAACAACUCAGUGGAGGAUGAUUUUUGUGGUCUUAUAAUGGGAGAGAAGUCCGAGUACCUAAACAUGGUGCAAGCUAACAAAUCUCCACCUUGCAAGAGAUCUCGAAGAGAAAAAAAUCGUGAAAGGUCACUUGUUUCAAGUUCAACUCAGAUGGAACAACAAAUAUGGAAAGAAUUUCCUGAAGAUCUUUUUGAAGCUGUUAUUGCAAGACUUCCGAUAGCCACAUUUUUCCGAUUUCGCUCUGUUUGCCGAAAAUGGAACUAUCUAUUGACCUCAAAUAGCUUCUCCCAGCACUUUGCUGAAGUACCUCGUGUGCAUCCUUGGUUCUAUACAAUAACUCAUGAAGAUGUGAACAGUGGAGCCAUGUAUGAUCCUUCUAUGGGAAAAUGGCACCACCCUUCCAUCCCAUUUCUGCCUGCAAAGAUGAUUAUUCUUCCUGUGGCAUCAGCUGGUGGUCUUGUCUGUUUCUUGGAUAUAGGCCACAGGAACUUUUAUAUUUGCAACCCACUAACUGACUCUUUCAAAGAACUUCCACCAAGGUCGGUCCGGGUUUGGUCACGAGUGGCAGUUGGGAUGAUACUAAAUGGGAAUACAGCCAGCAGUGGCUACAAAAUUGUAUGGUUGGGAUGUAAUGGUGAUCAUGAGAUCUAUGAUUCAGUACAGAACAGCUGGACACGUCCUGGAAUUGUUCCACCAAGCAUCAAGCUCCCACUUUCAUUAAAUUUUAGGUCACAAACAGUAUCAAUUGGUACCACACUCUACUUUAUGCGUGCUGAACCAGAUGGCAUUUUGUCAUAUGAUGUGGCCACUGGUGUUUGGAAGCAGUUUAUCAUCCCAUCACCGCUGCACCUGACUGACCACACACUUGCAGAGCAUAAGGGGCAGGUUAUGCUUGUGGGUUUGCUGUCUAAGAAUGCUGCCACAUGUGUCUGCGUAUGGGAGUUACAGAAAAUGACUCUCUUGUGGAAGGAGGUGGACAGAAUGCCAAACAUCUGGUGCUUAGAGUUUUAUGGUAAGCACGUAAGGAUGACAUGCUUGGGCAAUCGAGGGUUGCUCAUGCUCUCACUGCGGUCAAAGCGGAUGAACCGUCUAAUUACGUAUGACAUGUCAAACAAGCAAUGGGAGAAGGUGCCAGAUUGCAUGCUUCCUCGUGGCAGGAAAAGGCAGUGGAUUGGAUGUGGCACUGCAUUUGAUCCUUGUCCCACUGCUAUGGCCUAACUGCUUCUCUGAUUCUGGCGUUAGAUUUUAUGAUUCCAAGACUGCAAACACAAGCAAUUCGUCUUUUGUGGAAGGAUUUAAUCUUGCCAGCUUAUUAUCAAAUUUAAUACAUUCUUACUCAAAACUGUGGUUAAACUCUGAGGUAUACUGACUGCAGUGCUCUUGAGCUCAUGCCUGGAUUUACUUACUGUCCUAAGCGGAAUAAAUGGGUUAAAUGAAGCUUACAUGUGAAAUGCUUCCAAGGACGGUCUUUUUUUUAGUUGUAAAUGUUGCUUUAAGACAUUCAACUUUGUUUCCUAAUAAUCUCUUUGGUAUUUUCCUUGAGUUUGGAA